AUGGCUGUCGAGGACACGAGUAAGCGGAUAGCAGAGGCGCAGGCGCUGGUCAAGUCGGAUGCCACCCAGGCCGAGCACAUGUACAAAGAGGUGCUGUCGACAGACCCCGGCACCAAUGAGACGGCCAUCAAGAACUACGAGAGCGCUUUGGUUGGCCUGGGCGAACUGUACCGCGACCAAAAGAGGGUGGAUGCUCUGGCUGAGUUGGUGAAGCAGGCGCGGUCAGUUCUGUCAUCGUUUGCAAAGGCAAAGACAUCGAAGCUAGUCCGACAAUUGCUCGACUUCUUCACACCCAUCCCCAACACCGUCGACGUCCAGAUCGCCGUCACAAAGUCAUGCAUAGAGUGGGCCGUCUCGGAGCGGAGAGGCUUCCUGCGGCAAAAUCUCGAGACCCGCCUGGUCUCGCUGUACAUGCAAAAGCAGUCGUACUACGAGGCUCUGGCCCUGAUCAACAGCUUGCUCAAGGAACUCAAGCGCCUGGAUGACAAGUUGGUCCUGGUCGAGGUGCAGCUGCUGGAAUCAAGAGUCUACCACGCAUUAGGCAACAUACCAAAGGGCCGCGCCGCCCUCACCUCUGCACGAACAUCGGCCGCAUCCGUCUACACACCACCCCUCCUGCAAGCCGGCCUGGACAUGCAGAGCGGCAUGCUCCACGCCGAAGACGGCGACUUCAACACGGCCUUUUCCUACUUCAUCGAAGCCAUGGAGGGCUACCACUCGCAGGACGAAGAACAAAAAGCCACCUCGGCCCUCCAAUACAUGCUCCUCUGCAAAAUCAUGCUCAACCUCGGCGACGACGUCUCCUCGCUCAUGACAUCCAAGCACGCCAUCAAGUACGCGGGCAAGCGGCUGGAAGCCAUGAAAGCCGUGGCCCGGGCCCACACCAACCGCAGCCUCGAAGAAUACGAAGCCGCACUGACGCAGUACCGCCAACAACUCGGCAGCGACCGCUUCAUCACCAGCCACCUCCGCCGCCUGUACGACAACAUGCUCGAGCAGAACCUCAUCAAGGUCAUCGAGCCCUUUAGCAGAGUCGAAAUCGCCCACGUCGCUAAAAUGGUCGGCCUCGAUACCGCGCAGGUCGAGCGCAAACUCUCUCAGAUGAUCCUUGACAAGGUCAUUAUUGGCGUGCUUGACCAGGGCGCCGGCUGUCUGAUUGUUUAUGAUGAGUCGGAGCGCGAUCAGGGCUAUGAUGCCGCCCUCGAGACGAUUGAGAAGCUGAGCAAUGUGGUGGAUGUGCUGUACACAAAUCAGGCCUCGUUGUUGGAAUGA